CAACUAUGCAACUUGUCCUUGUAAAAGAAAAAUAAAGUCUGUCGUCACUCGUCAGCCACUGUAUCAGACCGGAUGCUUGGUUUGCUUACGCGCUUUACAGCCCAUAAACGGAACAUGACAUUUUCACUUGCUUCUAUUUUUUCAUCUCGUCACCCUAGUAGAAUCAUUGUCAUCUUCGUUGCCCUGCUAGUCCCGUAGCUUCUCUCCCUCCUCGCUCCUCGGCUCCUCGCUUGUCGCUCCUCCUCAGCCCUCACCGCGUUCCCUCGGUCCCACCUUCCCCGCGAAGUAACCACCACUAGGACAUCGGUCCACACGCUAAGCAUCUAGUGCAUCUAGGUCUACGCGGCGCGGGCACGCGGCCGGUACAGCUUCCCCCUGCCCCCCAUCCUCCUCGUCGCCGGAUGAUCGCCGCCGGCGCCGCCUCGAUGGGGCGCGCAGCGACUCCAGCCCCCGGGGCCCAGUCCUCCCGGUUGCCGCGCGCCGUCUCGAGGCUGCGGCUUGUGCUUCGCUCCUCGGAAGCAGCAGCGAGGAGCGGCAGCAAGAGAUGGAUAGGGUGCUUCCGGCCGUCGCCAUCGCCGGCCACCGCCGCGGCGGGGGCGGCCGUGGUGAAGGAGGCGAAGGGAAAGCGGCCGGAGGUGGAGGUGGAGCCGGCGCGCGGCGGAGGGGAGGACGUGUGGAGCGCCGAUGCUGAGACCGAAGUGGCUCAGGGUGGGGCGUUCCCCGAGCACCUCGUCAUCAUGGUCAAUGGCCUCGUCGGGAGCGCGGACGAUUGGAAGUUCGCGGCAGAGCAGUUUGUGAGGCGGAUGCCGGACAAGGUGAUCGUGCACCGAAGUCAGUGCAACUCUGCCACUCAGACAUUUGAUGGUGUUGAUUUAAUGGGUGAAAGGUUAGCAAAUGAGGUUCUAUCAGUUGUAGAGCAAAGACGAGGUGUGAAGAAAAUCUCGUUUGUGGCACAUUCUCUUGGUGGCCUUGUUGCCAGAUAUGCUAUAGGAAGGCUCUAUGAACCUAAUAGUAGAAGGAAAUCUUCUGGGGGGGAGAGCAGAGAUGAUGUUGUGCACUUGAAUGGUCACAUUGCUGGUUUAGAACCUAUGAAUUUCAUAACAUUUGCAUCACCACAUUUGGGUUCAAGUGGAAACAAACAGCUACCUUUUUUAUGUGGCCUUCCUUUCCUUGAGCGAAGAGCUUCAGAAGCUGCGCAUUUGAUUGUUGGGAGAACUGGAAAGCAUUUAUUCCUUACAGACAAUGAUGAUGGUAGACGCCCACUUCUCCUUCGAAUGGUUGAUGACUCUGAUGAUUUACAGUUCAGAUCGGCGUUGCGUUCUUUCAAACGGCGCGUAGCAUAUGCUAAUGCUAAUUUUGACCAUAUGGUUGGAUGGAGAACAUCAUCAAUCCGACGUCAGCAUGAGUUGCCAAAACAUCGUCUUCUUGUUCGUGAUGAAAAGUAUCCACAUAUUGUUUAUGUUGAAAAGGAAGUUACAGACAACAAUGAAACGAAGGCCCAUGCUGAUCAUUAUGAUCCAGAAGAGGAGAUGAUAAGAGGCCUUACGCAAGUUCCGUGGGAACGUGUUGAUGUGAGCUUCCAGAAAAGCACCCAAAGAUUAGUUGCGCAUAACACAAUUCAGGUGAAAAGCUAUUGGCUAAACUCGGAUGGAGCAGACGUGAUCAACCACAUGAUGGACAAUUUCAUCGUCUAGUCCAUGGAGGCAUGAAGCCUACGUUGUGUCGAUGGAGGUUGCAGUUUCCCAUCCCAGGAAAUGUGGUUGAUUCUUUAGGCCCGUUUGCUGCAGGCGCAGAGCAGAGCCCCGCCCUCGAUGCUUAUCAUCCUGCACCAUCAGCAAGGCUAGUUCGUUCAACUGUAUCAUAAUCUGUCCCCUCCUUUGUAUACUUGUAUUCCGCAACUAAGCUAGUAAAUAGAUGUUGCUGGAAAUAGAAUUCUUCUAUCUGGUUCAAUUGGAGUUGAAGUUCGAACUGAAACUUGCCAUAUUCUUGUGAUCCAUCGACGUGCUUAUUGGGCACGGUACGGUACUUCAAUCAAGCUGUUUUUUUAGGAACUUGAAGUUUUUUUUUUUGGGAAUUGUAUGGAUAACAGGAUCGCUCUUCAGAGAGCUCCUGUCGUUCUUAAAGAGAAGCUAUAUUCUAUGUUGAAA